UGUUUCAUACCAUAUACUGGUUUAUGCACCCAAUUUCACUGGAGAAACAACAUAACCUUUUAGGGUUUAAUUUGGGACAUGGGAGCCAAAUUAAAACUGCUCUUAUGACUCCUGCUUGCAUCAAGGUGGGAAGGUAGUGAAUGAUGCUCUUAAAGUAUUCGAAGAAAGUUGCAUUUUAGCAGCUGAGAUAUGACACAUUUUAUUGUGUCAUUAAACUGAUGGAUGGUGAUUACAAAAAGUUUGGAAAGGAUGGACAAGACUUCUUGCUUGAUUUGAAAUGCCCAACAAGUGGAAUAGAGACUGGCUUCGAAUAUUUCAUAUUGAACCUUUCUAGCAUUCAUUCAAUAUAUCUCUCCUGUGAUAACCACAACUUGCCUGCCUUCUUAUCUCGACCUAGAGAACUCAGUGGUGCGGUUGAUCUGAUAAAUCACUACAAACUUUUGCCUCACCAUGAGUUUUUCUGCAAGAGGUCACUUCCUUUGUCAAUUUCAGAGACACACUAUCUUCGGAGUGUGGUGGGAGACACAGAAAUUAGGAAAGGAGAAGGAAUGGAAUUGGAUCAGCUCUUUCACAGUACCUUUUAUUUGAGAGAAAGAAAUGCAGGCAUACAUCCAUUUGACUUGGAUAUUCUCAGGGAAGCUUUUCAGAUGAGAGAAACAACUCCUGUUGAGCUGUCUUCUGCUGAAAAGGGUAUCCCUACCUGUGUGCCAAAGUCAAAGAAUGAGCCUAAAGACAAGGAGAGGAAGCAUAAAAAGUCAAAGGACAAGGCUAAAGAUCGUAAGAAACAUAGACACCAUCCCAAGGACAGUAGUAGUGAUAAAAACAAGGAUAAGUGUAGAAUUGGGAACCGGAAUUCUGGUAUUGAGCAGAAGCAGCAAGACAAGAAGAGGAAGCAUGAUGGGAAUGGAGAUGUUUCAUAUAUUCAAAGCCACCUGAAAACUGAGCGUAGGAAUUCCCAGAUCAAAAUGGGCAUGCAAAGGGAAACAAGAUGAAAAGGUUUUGAGUGGGCUCAGCCAGACCUUUUUCUGUACUUUCAGAAGUCUGGUGGAAUGAUGUUUUCACCCUUUCUGUGGUUUGUGAAUCAUAAUGGUGUGCACAUUCCAUAAAUUAACCAUGUGGUUCGAAGGUAACAGUUGCUUUCAACUUGUUUGCCACUUGAACAAGUUCUAGUUCUUGAAAUGCAACUACUGACUGUUGGAUCACUGGAUUUGUAAAUAGGACAUAUAUGGAGAAGGCAUUUAUCCUCUAUCCGAGAAACCUUAAAAACCUUUAUUUGUGCUGCGGGCUGAACGUUCAUACUGUUGAAAGGUUCUUGACAACAAGAAACAGCCCAACUUUGUUGCUUAUGAUUUGAUACACACUAAAGCUAUAACCUUGAUUUUCCUUUUCACUCUCACAUUUUGAAAACGGUUUUGGGCCGGAUUGACAUCUCCAUUUUGCUAAAUUUCAACCUAUUGCUACUGGUACCA